UUCUAUACCGGUAAAGCGAGGGAUGGUUAUUGGUAACCUCGUAAGUAGAUACGGGAGUAAAGACGGUUGGUUGGCAAAUGUUGUAUUCUGACCGGACAUGCCACGUGCUUGAGACUCGGGGUAAAAUAGAUUUAUUUCAUAUAUAUUUUCAGUUUUGAUUCAACGUGCACGAUAGUUGGCAUAUGAUUUCAUAUCAAGAUUAAUUUGUAGUUCAGUCAAGAGUUAUCUCCCCUUACUAGACCACCCCUUUCCAAAAAAAUAUGGCGACGGUGUGCUUUGGACGAAGACGGGAAAGUAGACCAAUCAGUAUUACACAUCCAAGUUCACCGAGAACGGUGAGUUCAUAUAAGGAUCUUGUUAGUCCUACUGAGAAGAUACCGAGGGAACGUAAGAAGAGAGUAAGAGAAUGGAAGGCAGGCUUAUACCCAAUAGAAAUAGUAGAGGAUGCAGGAGAUGGUUAUGUGAAAAUCCACUACACGGGAUGGAGUACCAAAUAUGACCAACUCAUCAAGGAGACUGAACUUGUUGAAGUGGAUGACAAUCUUGAGGGAUCACAGUCAAUCCUAAAUUUAGGUUCCUUGAUUAAAGAUAAUCUCACAGCCGGAACAAGGUUGGAUAGUGUUGUGUGGCUUAGAGCUCCAAUGGGAGACGAAGAUUUUACAUGUUUGGAAGAAAAUCUAAAUGUUAUUAAACACACAAAGACCAAAACAGUUUAUGGUUUGAAUUCCAGAUUUAGUUUAUGUCAUAUUUUUGGCAAAAAUUGGGAUUACAGAAUUCUGAACAAGGAGGGAGAUUGUGUUUAUAUAAAAACAGCAACUGUGAAAAUUUAUCAUCGGAAACAAAGGGAAUGCAAAGAUUUUGUUGUGCAGGUCACAGAUGGUCAGCUAAGGAUUGAGGAAUCUUUAAGGGUCAGGGCCAAACAAGUGGUUUUCACUUUUGUUAAGUGUACUGGAAACUACAGGCUAUUACCCAACUUACUCAAUGACUCUCUACUGUAACUGCAGGUAAUUUUGACCUCUGCUACAUUUAUUGUAAAACAAUCAAAGCAUGG